AUGUCUUCAGCAGGCCAGAACCAAGCAGCAUGGCUCACGGAGCCCCAUGCCCACCCGUACGUGAUCAAGGAAUCGCCCAUGCCCGUCCCAGAGGGGGACGAGGUGGUCUUACGCGUGCACGCCACAGGCAUCAACAUUGUAGACCACGCCGUGCAGGCGCGCGGGAUCCUCCUGCAGCCCGACGACUACCCGACCAUCUCCGGGGUGGACGUCGCAGGCGUGGUCACGGCGGUCGGCCCCCAGAACACGCGCUUCGCCCCUGGCGACCGUGUCCUGGCGGCCGUGUCGGCCUCGACGCUCAAGGGCCUCAAGUACGGGGCGUUCCAGCUGUACACGACGGCCGUGGAGCCGUUUGUGGCCAAGAUCCCGGACCACGUGGGCUUUGCGGAGGCGGCGGUGCUGCCGCUGCCGUUCAUGACGGCGCUGUACUCGCUGUUUAUGAAGGAGGCGCUGGGGCUCGACUAUCCGCGGGCGGGGACGGCGCCCAACAGCCAGGGCAAGACGCUGGUGGUCUGGGGCGGCAGCUCGGUCGUGGGCAUGUGUGCCAUCCAGAUGGCCAAGGCGGCCGGGUACAGAGUGGCGGCCACGGCGAGCGCGCACAACUUUGAGGUGCUGCGGGCGAUUGGGGCGGACCACGUGUUUGACUACCACGACGACGACAAGGAAGAGAGCGGAGGCGGCGUGCUGGACAAGAUCGUGGCGGCGCUGGAGGGGCAAGGCGAGUCCGUGGGCGUCUUUGCGGCCAUGUUGGGCUUCGACUUUGCCACGCUGCCGGCGUCGCUGACGCGGCUGGCGGGGCUGGCGGACAGGCUGGGGGGUCGGAGGAAGCACCUCGCGACUGUGUUCCCGCCUGGCGUCCUGCCGCCGCUGCAGCUUCCCGAGGGCGUCGAGAUGAGCUUCAACACGUGUAUGGACGUCAGCAGGGACCCGUGUGGGAAGGCUGUGUGGGAGGACUGGCUGCCGGGGGCGCUGGCUGAUGGGAGUAUGAAGUGCAAGCCGGAUGCUGAGGUGGUUGGCAAGGGCCUGGAGAGUGUGCAGAAGGCUGUUGAUCUGGUGGCCAAGGGCGUCAGUGCAAAGAAGCUGGUUGUGGACCUGUCUUGA